AUGCCUGUGCAUAAGGUACUUUUCUGGAGCGGAUUUGGCAUUGCCGUCCGUCUCUGGCAACUCGGUAUUGAAAUGCGCCCAUUUUUCAACAAAGAAUCCCUAUGGGUUUACCCGCUCUUUGCAACCGUUGGCGGCAGCUUUGGAUACUGGCUUCAGGGUGUUGAAUCGCGACAGUUGAAAAUGCUUUCGGACCGGAAGGAGAUGUUGUUGGAGAAACGGCGAAGGAGGGCGGAGAGAGAAGCGAACGAAGUGGGAAUUAACAAGGUUGAGGAAGGUGGGCUUCUCGCAAGCACUUCGUGA